ACAGCGUUUUGGACUAUACGACCGGGCGGUGCUUCUUGCUCGGCAAGCCACUCACCACCAACCAACGUGUUGCAUCAGGUUGUUAGUUGGACACCAGAGUGGAUAGCCACGUGUGGAUGAAGUGCGGGUACCCAGACGUUUGAUAUGGGUGGUGCUUUGGACAAGUGCACCGUCUGGUGCCACACGGGUGUGACUAGACCCUUCGAUGCGGGCGAGUCAGAAAGAGAAUGGAAGAGACAACAUGAACAGUACGAAAAGAAUCCCAUGUAUAAGUUACUUCAUCUGGCUGGAAGAGGUCGUCUACUUGAGGAGUAUGACCGAAUAGGCGAGGCUGAUUUCAAGGAGUUCAUGCGAAGAAGGGUAAGCCCGUUUCUGUAUAAUGAUGGCGAAGGGAAGACCAUCACGAAAGUAGACUACGCUAUGUACAGACAGAGGAUGAAAUCAGAGUCCCAGGGCAAACUACUGGUCAAGCGAAUGUCCAACAAGGAGCUGGUACUGCACUUCGAUCGGUCCAAGUUAGCGGCGAUUAGUCGGUUCCGUCAGCGAGAUGCCUGCUGGGACCUGACUAAGAGAGGGGAGGUCGGGGAGACGGCCCUGCAUCUCUGCUUCUUAAAUAACACCGAGACUCAUCUAAAUAUUGCACGCAUCAUGCUGGACAUGUACCCUAAGAUGGUACUGGAUAUAUUCGAAGGGGUCGAGUACUAUGGAGAAAGCUGUCUUCACUUUGCCAUCAUCAACAACAAUCUCGAGUGGGUAAAGCUCCUCGUACUUCGCUACAAAGCCCGCCUGGACCAGCAGGCCAGUGGACGAUUCUUCAGGCCGAACGACCUCAAGGAAGGCACCCGCUCGGCGUUCCGUCAUUCCACAUACGAGGGGCACGCCUACUACGGGGAGUACCCGCUGGCAUUCGCGGCGAGCGUCGGCAACAAGGAGAUCUACGAUUUCCUGGUCACGGAGGGGCUGAAGAACGAGAAGGGACGGGGAACUGUCAACCCUGACGCCAAGGACACCUUUGGUAACACCGUAGUACACAUGGUCAUCAUUCAUAACCAAAAGCACAUGAUGAGCCACGUGAUUAACCACACUGCUCUACCGGCCCGCCAUGACAUCUUCAACCACGCCGGCUUGACCCCUCUCGAGCUGUCUUACCGACUGGGUCGAGGGGAGCUCUUCGCCCACCUGUUGGACCUGUCCAGUGAGACGCAGUGGACCUACGGCAACGUAGCUAACGUCGCUUAUCCACUCACGGGAUUGGACUCCAUCGGGUCCGGUGGAGAACUCAAUGACAGAUCGGCUCUGCGGAUGAUAGUGCAAGGAGACAAGCUGCAACAUCUUAAGAUGCUGGAGGGUCAGAUUAUACAGAGACUACUGGAAGAAAAAUGGAACCGAUACGCCAAGCGGAUAUUGAUGAUACGGUUCGCCUGGACUGUGAUCCAUUUAGCACUUCUCUCUAUUGUAGUGGUUUUACGACCACCACCGGACGAGCACCUACUGACCAUCAGGGAACUUGGUGAUAGGCACUGCCUGAAGGAUUUGGUUCGACUAACAGCUGAGGUUUUGGUUCUCGUGAGCUGUGCUGUCAAAUUUGUCGUUGGUAUCUACGAGAUGAGAUCACAGGGCUCAAUCAGUAAAAGCUUUAUUGAGUUGCCAGAGAAGUGUAUUUCCCUUGUGGCGAUAUCUCUGUUGUAUGCAUGCAUUCCACUGCGAUUGACCGGACUACGUGAAGCCGAAGACUACUUACUGGUGGUGGCAGUGCCCCUAUCUUGGUGCUGCAUGCUGCUCUUCUACCGGGCACACCGGAAGCUCGGCCCUCUAGUGGUCAUUAUAGGCAAGAUGUGCACCGGUGACCUGCUACGGUUCACCAUCAUUUAUUGCAUCUUCGUCUACAUGUUUGUUGGAGUUUUCUACUAUGGAUAUCUUGGUAUGUCUAAUGUGAGCUCAAAUGGCAACAACUGCACUGUGCCUCACGGUUACACUGACGUCAAGAGUGCGGCCGUCACCAUGUUCCAUAUGACCUUUGCAAAGUUUCGUGUGAGUGAUCUUGACCUGUCCCGGGCACCAUGGCAGAUCUACGUCGUCUUCGUCGUCUUCGCUCUCUUGAUCCCAGUGCUACUACUCAACAUGCUCAUCGCCAAAAUGGCGCGAACGUUUGAGAAGAUCAAGGAACGUUCCCGGAUGGAGUGGAAACGCCAGUGGGCAAUGAUCAUCUUGAACAUGGAGCGCUCCCUGAGCAGUGCGAGUCUAGCCCGGUACCAGAAGGCCUAUUCCACCGAGGUGAAGAUGGGUAGGGCACCGGCCGUCCGAGAGGUUCUCUCCCAUCAGCCUCAGAGGACAACCCUGUCUUGGAAGGAGCAGAUGAGGCAGACGUCUAGGCGACACUUCGGGAGCUUCAAGUGGCAGAGAAGUCUUAGGGAGGAGUAUCUAACCCACGACGACGCCGAGAGGGGCGAGAGAACACCCAUGGCUCAGCUGGCUACUCCUGAGGACGUUGAGGACGAAGACGACCCCAAGAACAACCGACUCUGUCGAGCCCUUCUGGUCGUCAAGACACUACCGAAGGGAAAAGCCAGGGUCAGGAAUGUCUGCACGAGAUGGAGGGAGGCAGGAGCACGCGCACUUGUCUCCAAGCUGACUUAAUAUGAUAUCCCUUCAUCUACAACAAUAAAGAUAGUGGAAGAGAAUUCAACAUGGAGCUGUGGGAACAGAGUAUAGGAUACAGAGGGACCUCCAUAAAGAUCCCUCCUGAGCAGCAGACGUGGCUCACUUUGUGUAUCUCAACGUAUGCAUAAGACGUGAAAAUUUGGACUCAAUCGGUCGUCGAAGUUGCGAGAUAAUAAUGAAAGAAAAAAUACCCUUGUCACACGAAGUUGUGUGCACAACCAGAUGAGGGCGGUAGUUGUAGUUUUUAAGUUAUGACCGUUUAUCAGACCAAUUUGAACUUAGUUGGUGAUCUCUAGCGAACGCCUUGUGCAACAAAACAAAAUUAAUUUGGUUAAUUGAUAUUAAUUUAUGAAUAAAAGAAAGCAGGCUCUUUAGUUUUUAUAGCACCAUUAAGCAUUUUAAUAUUAUUCAACACAAUACAUCCAAUGGCAUUCUAUAUACAUGUACAUGUACAAUAUGUAUAAUAAUAUUCGAUGUAAAAAGCAAUAUUUAUAGGAUUGUUAUACUAAAGCAAUGCUUUCAAUGAUCGUUGUGCAAAAGUGAUUCUUAGACGUAUUGCACAGUGGUGAUGAAUAUACAGCCUGCUACACAGGGUUUUCUGGCUUCUUCCGGCCCGCAAAUUGUGUUAUGCACUACGAAAUUGCCACUGUCGUUGUGCUUUUCAAUAGGGAAUUUUAGUUGUUCUAUUAAAAUCGAUUCGAAAAAGGGAAUUCUGUUAAAAAACAUCAGGAAUGUGUUUGAGAAUUUGAGAAUGGCAACUGUAAUGUUCAGCAAAAAAUUGCUUCUGGUCCAAGCCCAUGUAGACUGAUAUAGUUUGCACUUGAAUAUUGUUGAAAAUGGGUUCUGAUGACCACAGGUCCUAAAACACUUGAGAAACUGGAUUGGUUUAAAACUUAAUUCUGGAAUAGUUGAUUUCGUCGAGACUCCGUGAAAGGUAGGACUUUCAUAUAAUUGGUAAAGAUACAAACCAUCAUUGUUUUAAAUUUAGGCGGAAAGCUUACUGAUUAAUGAGCUGAUCAAUAAAACAAAAAUUAUGGGAAAAAAUUUCCCUCUGACAUGAAGUCAUUGUGCACAAAAUCUGUACCUAAAAAAAUGACAACAUCGACAACCAAAUUAGAAGGCAUUGUUCAGGAUUGGGAGAUGUAAAAACGUCAUUGAUUAAAAGCUAAUUGAUUUUAAA